AUGGGACAGCCCAAUGUCCUGCAGGACUGGAUGAGCGAAUGGCAGAAGUUCCAGCAGGAGGGUAGCCAGGACCAGCAGGUCCCCUACUCGCCGAAGGACUGCAAGACCGAAGCGGAGCUCAAUGCCUGGAAGGACAAGCAGACGAAGAUUGCCAAGACCUGGAUUCCCUCCAUGUACCAGGAGUUCCUACAAAGAUUGCAAGCUGGCUUCCAGGAGCCGACUCUGUCCAGCAUCGACAAGGAGCUGCAGAUGCCGAUCCAAGACAUGAGUGGCUUGGGGGAGUACAAGGACAACCUGGAGCGCAUCAAGCAUCCGGAGUCCCAGGAUGCCGCCGUCCCCCAGCCAGAGCCGGUCGUGCUCUCCAAGGAGCCGGAAGCUGCAGCCAUGUGCAGCCGAUUUGAUGAGGCCCCAGCUCCGCAGCCGCGAUCCGAGCGACCCUCCGCCGCCGGUGCUCGCAGCGCGCAGACCGCGACGGAGCUCGUCGCCGGGGACCUGGGCAGCGACGACGA